AUGCUAUCGACAGGAAUUUGCCAAGUAUUCAAAAAUAUUAAAACUAAUUUCACCAGAAAUUACUCAGGAAAUUCAGCAAUUAUGGAAAUUUCAAUAAUUACUACUAUCUUGAGGAUUCUUCGUUAUCAUAUUUUAUCAACAAAUCAAGAAUAUAUUUUCAAAGAUUUUCCAACUAUUCGCCGAUGUUUAUGUUCUGUUGAUGAAUUACCUAUCCUUAAUGUUGAAUAUCGUUUAGUUAAUGAUAUUGAGGUAGUUUUUAUUGAUAAAUCAACAACAUACGAUGCACAAGUUCAUCCAGGAGAAAAUUUAUUUGUAACACUUGGCUUAACUAACUCAUCAUCAGAAUGUGAUAUCAAUAAUGUAGAAAUACAAGCUUUUGCAUAUGGUUUUGAUAUGACAGAAUGUACUAAAACUACAGAAUUCGAUUUACCAAUAUUAAUGAAUGAAAUUAUAAAACUAAAAAUAGACCUUAGUGAAAUGCAUGAUCGUUGUCUUUUGCGACACGAUCGAUCAGCAACAAAGAAUGAAAUCGAUUCAAUUAAAAUAUAAUUUUUAUGUCCAACAUUAAAUGGUAUUCGAUUUUUAGAUUCGAAUAAAAUCAUAUUUAAUAAUAUUGAACAAGGAAAAUAUGUUAUGACUGAACGUAUUCUAAACUUUUCUCAAAGAAAUAAUUCCGAUGUACUUAUUGUUGAUAAUAUAACAUGGAAAAGAAUCACUUUAACAUUUUAA